AUGACAGAACUUAUCGAUAUACCCUUCUUGUUGACGAAGGAUUGCUCUGCAGAUUUGGAAGAUAGACUUCGAUUUUGUAUUGAGACUGGUUCUUUGUACCAAACUCAUGAAAGUUUCAAAAAAGAUAUCGGCGAAAUAGUAAAUACAAGACAGGCAUUAGUGAAUCUGAAGUUUGGGGAUUCAAAACUAUUGACCAAAUAUUAUGGGUAUUUGGAGUGUUUGUUGAAGAAAAUUGAUCCCGAGGCGCUGGCGUUUUCGUGGUCAUACACAAACUACACUAUUUUUGAAGGAAAUGUAUUUAGGGAUGAGAACCUGUUGGGUGAAAGGCGAAACAUUCUCUUCAACCUGGGAAUAGCAUAUUAUCAAUCAGCCAAGCAUAUAGAUGAUUACAAAAAUAAUCUACCUCUUGUCUGUGACUAUUUGAAAAGAAGUGCUGGUUGUUUUGAAAUUUUGAGCCAGCGUACUAAAGAGAGAAAUUCAGAAAAGGCUAUAAUUAGUGAGACGAUGUUAAAAGCUCUAAAAUCCAUGUGUAUGGGACUGGCACAGGAGACUGUGUGGUUUAAGUCCUUGGCAGCUAAAAAGGAUUUGCUUACAUCAAAGCUCGCUUAUAAAUGCUUUGAGUAUUUUCAAGAGUCAUUGAACAGUUUUCAACUAGUUGGUCAAUCAACUGAAUAUAUUAAACUGAUACUGGUUUUUGUUGAAUCAAAAAUGCUUUAUUUCAAGGCUGUGUGUGUAUAUAGACUUGCUCAAAGCAUUGAGAGUAUUGCAGACAAUGUUGGAGUAGUUAUUAGAUGCUUGUCAAUAGCAGUGGCAGCUUUAACAAACUCGAAACUGGAAUCUACUGUAGUCUUCAAGAAUAAAUGUCUUGAAAUGCUUAGACAGCUGGAGAAAGACAAUGAUUUCAUUUAUUUGAAACAUGUACCUAGUCAUUUACAAUUUAGUGAUUUUGUGAAACUCUACAAAUUAGACAGCAUGAAGGACUUGAUUGUCUUACCAGAUUUGACUGAAAUUGCUCCAUCAAUGUUGGACCAAAUUUUAUUUCGCAAUUUGUUGCCAAUUGAAAUUAUGGAUUACGGCACAUCGUACAAUGAGAAGCAAGAUAUUUAUGUCUUACAGCAUUUUGUCGAGCCUAUUAAUUUGUUAAAUAUUCAAUUAGAUGAGGAACUGGCGUCAUUUUUUGAGAUAGACCCACAGCAUAUUGUCAAUGCGCAUAACAAAACGAAAUCAUUUGUAACAAGGAAAGAACUUGAUGUCAUUGGACAAUCUUUUGGCGAUUUGGAAUCGAAUGCAAUCAAUAUCGAAACACAACUAGCAAAUAUCACUAGCUAUUUGGAUCUGGAAAUAAAAACCUAUGAAGAAGAUAAACAGCAAUAUGGUGAUGUUUGGACUAUUGUGGACGCACGAGAUGUCACUAAGGAAUUCUAUGAGAAGGUGGAAAAAUUGAGACAAUAUUUGGAAAUUGGCAGGAAUAUCAAUCUUGAGACUCAGGAGUUGUUUGCUUCAAUUGAUAAAAGUUUGGUAACAAGCCGUACUUCGAAAGCGCAUCUGACUGCACAAUAUAACGAUCCCUUUUUGAACAAGAUUGAAGCGCUAAAAAAGAGAAGAGAAAGGUUCAUUUCAGAGAUAGAGAAGAAAUCAUAUGAAAACAGAAUUAUCUCCAAAUUGAUAAUGUACUAUAAGGAGACUGAUGACAUUCCUGGCACAAUCAGUGAAAGAGAAGAAAUAUUUGACAACAUAUAUUCAAAGCACAUGAAAGUAUUUGCAGUUGAUAUGAAAUAUAUCGAGGACUGUAAAAAUGAGAACUAUGGCCUAAUAAAAGAGAUCGAGGAGUAUAAGUCUCGUACCAAUUUCAAUAACGAGGAUCGCAGUAGUGAUCCCAGAACGCAAUAUAUACAAGAUGUUCGGCAAUCUUUGGCUUCUCUUGAUGAUGUCAAAACCCAGUUGAAGAAGGGAACAGCAUAUUAUCAACAAUUGAUCGAAAAAGUUAAUGAACUUGUCCAGGUGAUCGUAGGGUUUUUAGAAGCCAGACGCAAUGAUAGGGAAAGAUUGCUAAAUGAGAUAUCCACAGCGGCAUAA